CGCGGCCCUCCUCCCGGCCUGGUCCUCACUGGGGGCCCGGCGGCCCCGCGUCACACCCCGGGUCGGAGCGGGCCGGGGGGCUGGCCCCGGGCUGCGGCUGCGGCUGCGGCUGCGGCUGCGGCUGCGGCGGGUGGGCCGCCCCCCUCCGCCCCCGCCAGCGGGAGGACAGGGCGGCCGAGGGGCGGCGGGGGACCCCUGGGGGGUCCCAGCGGCCGCCGAGAAGUUAAAGCCAAAAAUGCCCGAAACAGAAGCCGCACAUUGGGAUGCAUCCGAGGUGGAAGAAUUAACACUGAAUCCUCCAGAAGGAAUUGUGGCAGGCCCCAUGAAUGAAGAGAACUUUUUUGAGUGGGAGGCACUGAUCAUGGGCCCAGAGGACACCUGCUUUGAGUUCGGUGUCUUUCCUGCCGUUCUCAGCUUCCCGCUGGAUUACCCAUUAAGUCCCCCAAAGAUGAGAUUUACCUGCGAGAUGUUCCAUCCCAACAUCUACCCCGAUGGCAGAGUCUGCAUUUCCAUCCUUCACGCCCCGGGCGACGACCCCAUGGGCUACGAGAGCAGCGCCGAGAGGUGGAGCCCCGUGCAGAGCGUGGAGAAGAUCCUGCUGUCGGUGGUGAGCAUGCUGGCAGAGCCCAAUGAUGAAAGUGGCGCUAACGUGGAUGCUUCCAAAAUGUGGCGGGAUGACCGGGAGCAGUUCUGCAGGGUCGCCAGGCAGCUGGCACAGAAGUCCCUGGGGCUCUGAGGCCCACCCUGGCACACACGCAGACACGGCGCCCAGCCGUGGCCAGUGUUUCUCUGCUGAACACCUAGUGACAGUGACACUCUGUGCUGGUACCAAAAGAGGCAAGCUUGCAGAACCACAGCAUCUGUUUUUUUCCCUACCUUUCCCGCUCCAAACAGGCUUCUCUUCUGAAAUUAUGAUUCAUGUAGGAUGACAGCUGGAUGCAGUUUUACCGUAUUCCUGGCAAGGCGGUUCAUAUUCCUGGCAAGGCGGUUCGGGUAGAUGGUGAAAGCCGUCCCCGCCUCCUCUCCCCGCUGGAGCGGAGCGCCCGCGGUCAGGGGCUUCCCUUUGGUCGCGGUUGGUGAGGGCGUGUGCGCGCCGCACUCCAGGGGGCUAGAACCAGUAAUGCUCCUUCUGAAGAAGCGGCCACGCAGCCAAAGCAGAGGGGGGGGGGCGGGACAGCUCUGCGGGGGCCCCGUUCCCUGUGUGUCCAGGAGGGGGACGCAGCUUCGUUCCCGUGCUUUAUAGUACUUCAUACGUGUUCUCCUUAUAAUCUCGUUACGUCUUGUUUUGUUUGUUGUGUAUCAAACUAUAGGAGUUUUCAGGAAAUAAAUGCUUUUUAAAAAUAUGGAUUAAUGAGAAAUGGGAUGCAUGAGAAAGAGAGGUUUACUGCUGGGUAUAAAGACUGACUUUCUUCCCGGUCACGUUCAGCCAAGAUUUACAGUGAUGCCCUAAUUGACUCGCACGUCACUAGGGCAGGAACACGUGAGACUGGAAGUUGUCGUUUCUUCUGGAUCCGUAGGAGUUUCUUUUCCAUCCAGACCCUGGGAGCUCAGAGGUUCUGUACCCUGUGGUGGCAGCAGGAACAGUAACUACCGAGACAGAAUUUGUUCCUUGCAGUUUUGGUGUCGGAAGGGAACGUACAGCCUUAAUGAGAGCAGAGCGCAGAGGCGUGCCUUAUCCCCGACCUUGGCAGGCCAGACCUUGGCACGGCGUGGCGUGGGGGUCUCCGGACCCCAGGACCCCCGGGCGGAGGUGGGGCACUGAGUUGUGGUCUGUGACCUCGCUGCAGCCCCGAAGCUCGCCAGCGCCAGGGGCUCCGCUAUAAGCGAUACCAGAUCUGUUGCACGCAGAGUCAAGUAUUUGGCCUGUUCCAGACAGGCUAGGUUUAAAUGGGAAUCUCUAUUUUUGAAAUAAGGGACCGUCUGUAAGACAUUCAGUAGGCUACACUCGACAUCAUCCCUUCCCUCCCUCGACGCAGGGGUCCCGUCCUGCUGAAACCUGGCCUUGUUUCUCAGUGUUGACAAGUACUGGCGGAAGGGGCCCAUCCACGCUGGGCUUCUGUGAGGAAACCAGAUUCUUCGGGGGGGGGGGGGGCAUUUCAGAUUUGACAUUCAGUACAAGAGCCUCUAUUUGGAAGGGCAUCCGGAGAGGAGAGGUUUUGCACCCGGAUAGUAUUUGUGGGCCUCCACCCGGAGGGAAGGACAGGUUGGCGGGGCACGCGGUCUGGGGACGCGGCGGGCGGGUGGGCUCGCGCGGCGUCAGCAGGGGCCGGGGCGGGGGUGGGGGCCUCCCAUGGAAUCUGGAGAAGGAAGAGGAGGCUCUUUGCAAACAAAGUAUUUUUAUUCACUUGUAUUUAUUAAACGGAAACAAAGAAGCUCAUGUUGUCCUCACUCUGCUGGAGUUUAAUUACUAUGUUAAAAAUAAAGAUAUAUUUUCCCCCUA